UCAACUUCAGCCUACGUGAACUCGUGGUGGGAGAUGUUGGUCUACAUUUGUCCAGGUGACUCUGUGGUCACUGGUAUCGACAGUUACAAUGACGAAGGAGCAGAGGACAGACGAUUCAAGUUUAGAUGCUGCGGCAUUGCGAGUGAGUCUUUGUUAGUAAAAUUCUUAACACUUUGAGCAAGAUAAAGAAAGAAUACGAUUAAAAUCUAUUUUAAAAAAAUCGUUGGUUAUUUUGAUGAGAUGAAAUCAAUUAUAAAGCCUGAGUCGUUAAAAAUUUUAAACAAGUAAAUUGUGAUCCAGCUGAGUGAACAAAAUGUCAUAUAAUAGAAUUCAAUAUACAAGAAUAUCAUGGAAUAGAAUGUAAUUAUUAUAAUGUGACAGGAUAUAAUGUCAUAGAAUAUCGUGUCAAAGAAUAGAAUAGCAUAAACGUAGUUGAAUUUCUGGAAACCUUUUAUAUUUCACAACAGUUGACUUCGUCUAUUCUGUUUAGGCGAAUCUCUCGUGCUCACUCUAUGUCUCUCUCUUGUUGUCCUCUACACCCCCUCCCAACUCUCUCAUCUCUCCCAACUUUCCCAACUAUCCCAUCACUCCCAACUCUCGCUCUCUCUCCUUUCAAGCAUCUUUUAUUUUCCUAUGUGUGUUAAAGUAAUUACAAUAAUUUUCUAGAUUAAUUUUAAAAAAGCAUAAUUAUAUAGAGUCAUUGAUUCAUAUCACCACAUAGUCUAAUAUGUCACAUCACUAUAAAUUCUAACAAUCACAUCCCCAUAUAGUCUAACACGUCACAUCACUAUAUUUUUAUAGUCUAAUAUGUCACAUCAAAAUUUGGUCUAACAUGUCGUAUCACUAUACAGUCUAUCAUGUCACAUAACUCUAUAAUAUGACAUGUCAAAUCAAUGUAUCGACUAACAUGUCACAUCACUUAAUAGUUUAACAUGUCACAUCACUAUUUAGUUUAAAAUGUCACUUCAAUAUGUAGUUUAACAUGUCACAACUCUGUAUAGCCCAACAUGUCACAUCACUAUUAUAUAGUCUAACAUGUCACAUCACUAUAUAGUUUAACAUGUCACAUCACUAUAUAGUUCAACAUGUCACAUCACGGUAAUAAAGGGGGGGGGGAAUUGUAAUCAGGUUAUCAAAAAGGUAGAUAAUUAAAACAAAGUAUGGUCAAACCUUAAAAAAGGAACCCAACAAAAUAACGAACUUGUCGAGAGGAAGCCUUCGUCAGCGAGCAAACAACAGGACAGAACAGAAUUAAAUUUUAAAAAGAACACUUAGCUGUAAAGUAGUAUCUGACAGGGCAGCAAAAGUAUUGUCAACGUUACUUCAACUGAUAGUGUUGUUAAAAGCAAACAGCAGAAGAGGCACCAGGUCUUGUGAGGUCUUGUGAGGUCUGGUGAGGUCUGGUGAGGUCUGGUGAGGUCUUGUGAGGUCUUGUGAGGUCUUGUGAGGUCUUGUGAGGUCUUGUGAGGUCUUGUGAGGUGACACCUCGGGUAUUUUAUCGAAACUUUCUGUCAUAAAAAAGAUUCGAUGGUCCUGUUUUUAUGUCUUGUCUAAGCCCGUACAUCUAGCGGUAACAUGUCAAGUGUAGCUCCUUCUCUUACUUGUUGAAUGAUGUACGAACUGCAAAGUCGGAAUGACCAAGUCACAAUGAGACAAAAUGCCGGCGUUUCUCGCCAAUAUGAUAAUAAUUGUUUACUUACAUGAGAUUGUUUGACAUGUACAGAAAUAGAUAUGAAAUACCAGCUGAUUUAAGUAAAAACAUAAAUAUCUUCAUAACGGUAUUUAAAUAGGAGAUAUAUUAUAAUAUUACAAGAAAAAUGUGAAGAAUUUAUUUUUAAAAUGUCAAAAAAUCUUGUGAGUUUUCAGCACGGAGAAAUUUUAUGAUUGCUAAGUUUGUUUUAAAGAGCACGUACACCCACAAACAUAAUAUAUAAAUAUACGUACACCCACAAACAUAAUAUAUAAAUAUACGUACACCCACAAACAUAAUAUAUAAAUAUAUAUAUAUGCAUUUCAACACUCAACAAAUUGAUACACACUUUUUUGUAGCCAAAAAACCCAAGAAUUGUUACAUCAUGGACUAUGCUAAUGACUGGGAUGAGAGGUUACUCUUGAUUCUCUCACCGGGAACUGUGCUAAAAGGAGCGUUUAGUUAUUAUCACAAUAGACACAAGUAAGUAUUUUAGGAUCGGAGUAACCGACACUUCAGUAAACCAGUUUUUUGAUAGGAGGUAAUUGAAUCCUAGAAGAUCUAAAUAUUCAUCAGAAUGUAUCUCGGUAUGACUGUCACUGUAUCUCGGUAUCUCUGUCACUGUAUCUCGGUAUCUCUUUCACUCUAUUUCGGCAUCUCUGUCUUCUAUCUGGGUAUAUCUGUCAUGGAAAUAUCGGUAUCUCUGUCAAUGUAUAUCGGUAUCUCUGUCAAUGUAUAUCGGUAUCUCUGUCAAUCUAUCUCGGUAUCUCUGUCACUGUAUUUCGGUAUGUCUGUCAAUGUAUCUCGGUAUCUCUGUCACUGUAUCUCGGUAUCUCUGGCGCUGUUGUCUCGAUAUUUCUGUCUAUCUCGGUCAGUGUGUCUCGGAUCUCUAACAGUGUGUAUAGAUAUAUCUGUCAUAAUGUCUUAUUGCCGCAGUCAUUUUUUCUCGAUAAAUUGUUGUUGUGUCUCAUCUCUGCCAAUUGUCUGGGUAGCUCUCUCAUUCUGCCACUUCAUCUCUGCCAUUGUGUACUUAAUCAAAACAUAUUGUGAAAUGUGUACAUAGACAACUCAUCAAUGAUUCGUGAAUUAAAUUAGUCAGUUAUGGCGUAUGUCAUGUUGAGACCCACCAUUUAAGCGGUGACAUAUCGAUUGUAUCUUCUUCUCUUACUUGUUGAAUGAUUUUCCAACCACAAAGUCUGAUUUCAGAAAUACCAAGGCAAACUACAAUAACAUACGUUUACAUAAAUAUAUUUUUUUAUAAAACUUAUUAGUCUAUACUGAAUCAAUUAUGGGAAGUGAAAAAAAACAACAAUAAAUUCACAUUUUACCAAAAACUUCAAUACCAACAUAUCGAAUGUUCAUUAAAAAAAAAAAAUUCUCGUUGAUCAUUUCCAUGUUGUUUUCAUCUCCAGGGACAGAAAAUGGAAGUAUUACGUUUGCGACUUGUAGUUGCACUACUUGACAGUUGACAACGUCGAUGUAAUCACAUGAAGACAUUAUUUGUUAAUAUUUUGAAAUAAAUUGAUGGUUAAUCAUAAUUGACUGUUAUUCCUUUAAUUAAGACAUCCGGUUUAUUUUUAACAGUGUGCUGUGACAUGUGUGGAACAGGCUUUUGAAAAAUUAAAUUUUUUAAGGUAUUUAAUUUUCUCAUAUAUUUAAAAAAAAAAAAUUUGUUAAAAAAAACGAAAGAAGAUCAAAUUAAUGUAUUUUGUUUAUGUACUCUUCCAAUGGCUUUCAAAGUCUUAAUGUUUAUAAAAACUGUUUUAUCUCUCUCUUUACCCCCCCCCCCCCAGAGUUUAGCACAAUUUUAAUAACUUUGACAAAAUAUCUACGAUUUUAAUCGCUAAAUUUUAAUGAAAUUGAUUGUAAUUCACCAAUGUUUAAGUUCCUCAAAAAUGUUUGUAAUAUCAUAGAUAAUUUGAGGUCUUGAGAGAAAUUCUCAACAGUGUUUCUUUCAGAUGAUUUCCUCCGGGGCUUUGGACAUUAAGUUCAAAGUUGACUCAAAGGUGUGGUUUGGACGCGUUUUUCUAAGUUGUCAACUUUGAAUGUUGGCUGAGGAAUAAACUGACGGCGCUCCUCCUUAUAGAAUUUUUUAAACCAUUAAUUACUAAAUAGUUAUUUGGUUUUAAAAUAUUUCUUAUUAACAUUUUUUGGGUAAAGCGCUUAAUCAAUAAAUAACAAAAAAUUUUGUGACCACUUAAACAAUCCCUAAAAAUAUUUUUUGGGGUAUAAAUCCUUUAUAAAAUGUAAAAUCGAUCGAAAGAGGUGGGGGUGGGGUGGGGCUGAAAAGGUGGCAAAACAUGCUUACAUGUAUCGUCCCUGAAAAAAUCUCAAUGAGCACCCCACCCCCACCACCAUCCCCCCAGAAGUAUGCCAACCGAAUAUUUUUUCACGCACUCGAGCUAUAUUAAUAUGCUAAUGACCCAAACACUUUUACAACGCAGAUUUAUUUGACAAAUUAUUUCAGAAAACAUGUUACACAUGCUAUAUUUAAAGCAAAGAAAAUAAUCUUAUUGAGCGCAGUUUUUUUGGCAUUUUAUUUCGCAUAAAAAGCACUUUCGAUAUUUUCGAUUUCGUGAAAUCAUUGGCAUCAUAUUUCCUUUACCUAAACCUUGAAAACAGAAGAAACUGAUUUUUAUUUUUCGGGUGCAACAUUGAAUAGAUUGUGCUGUCAGUGACAGCGAGACUAUAUGCCAAGUAUCAGUCAGAUAGAGACACAGAAACAAAAGCGAAAUUUAUUUAAAUUUUUUAAAAAAUCCAUUCAUUUGCAUCAAUAAACAAAAUCAAAUUUAUCUAUCUUAUUAACUGGGCAUUAGAAAUGCAUGUUCGAGUAACAUAGCUGGUAGAAUAUUAGAAGCAGCAUAGCUGGUAAAAUAUUAGAGCCAACCUAGCUGGUAGAAUAUUAGAGGCAUCCUAGCUGUUAGAAGAUUAGAGGCAACAUAGCUGGCAGAAGAGAAGUAGAAGAGUGGGGCAAAAUAGCCAUAGAAGAAUGGGUGUGACGCACCGUUAUUAAUUUUUAAUAUUUUUUUGUCAAACUUAAUCUGUUUUAAGAAUUGAAAAUCACUAUAAAAAGACAAAUAUUAAAUUUAAUUAUACUAUUACAUUUUAACAAAAUUACAAAAUAAAAUUGAGGGGGAAAAUGGAAAAAUCUAUAUUAGCUUAUAGAGCAGCAAGUGAAAAAGUAAUAUCCUCUAAACAAAAAUAAUGCCCACACAAAAACACAGAAAGAGUACAAUUCUGUUAGGCUCAUAAAAGUAUAAUAAAUCUAGUCAAUGUCUAGGAAAAUUUGCAAAAAUAUCUCUUCUGGCCAGGAAGAAAGUACAGGGACAAAGUUGAACCCACCAGAAAAUUAAGGCUAGAAAAUGCAUGAACUGAUAGAUUUAUUUAGAAAACAUAGAGCGCAAACAAUAUUUUACACCACAUGAUACCGAUUAUUUUUCUUAUAUUGUUACGUACCGUUAGGAUUUUCUAUAUUUAUUCUUUGUUAAGAUUUGGCUCGUAAAAUGCAUAGCAAAGAACUGAUAAAGACAGCAUGCAAAGAGAACGAAACCAACGGUAAUGAAACUAUUUAUGAUUAAUUUAAUGAUACUCAUAAAUAUCUAAGCCCAUUCAAAUUAAAAUACAGAGACCCUAGAAAAGACUUUAAGAAAUUACAGAGAGUUGGAAAGGAGAACACAUAAAAAAAAUAAUUAAUGUACACAUAUGAUUAUAUAACGUCUCAUACAGCACAAAUAUCUCCCUCACCCACUUCCCCUCUCUCACCCCCUCUCUCUCUCUCGUUCUCUCUCUAUCUCUCUGCCCCAUCUCUCUCUCUCUCUCUCACCCUCCCCUCAUCUCUCUCUCUCACCCUCCCCUCAUCUCUCUCUCUCUCUCUCACUCUCUCUCUCUACCUUUAGCUCUGUGUUAGGAAAUUAAAAAAAAAUAUAUAUAUAAGAAUUAAAUUGGAAACUUCUAGUACAAAAAGUCUAUAAACUGCGUCAGCUCAUGGAAUAGCUUAGCAUAAAUAGACUCAAUUAUAACAUGAACAGGGAGGUGUGGGUAAGGGAUGACACAGUACAGUUAACGGUGACGUCAAACUAUACUAUACCAUAAAAAGGCUAUACUAGGGGAGGGAGGUGGUGGUGGUGGCUAAAAUAGCUGUAUACAUAUGCUGGGCUAGAAAUUUAAUAUAACUUAUUGUAAUAUACAUUGUAUAAAAGAAAAAAAAAAGAAAGUGAAUUUUCUAUAUCUCUAAUAAUAUAAGACUGAGCUGACUGUAAAACUUUUGGUGUUCGUCUAGACAAGGGAGGCUGAAAGUCUUGACCUCGGGUCAAAUAUGGAACGUGGGUCAAAUGAUGACCCCGAGAGCAUUUCGAUAAAAAAAAAAAAAAAAAAAAAAAAACCCCCAUAAUUGGGGUCCAAAAAAAAAAAAAAAAAAAAAAAUUUACCCAAUACAGAGUUUCCCCAGACUUUAAUGUUUGACGUACCGGUGGAGAAGUUUCCAAAAAGCACCAGGGACUCCCCAUUACUUGGGUUCCAAAACAAAUUCACAAAAACAUACAAACAUACCAACAUACCAACAUACAAACAUACAAACAUACAAACAAGAAAAACAAAAUGAAAUGAUUACAAUAUAAAAUACAUUUAUAAAGCAGCGAGUCGGUUGCAGACCCACAUUAUCCAACUAUUAGGAGACAUCAUUUUAAUAUUUUAAAAAUAUUUUGAUCACAGUUUUAUCAAGCACACACUUAAAAAUUCUAUGAAGACCACUCUUACUUAAUAUCUUUUUUAGUGAAUGUCCGGUACAGUUCGCACACUUACAGCAAAGUGCUGAUUGAAACAAAGUACUGAUUAAAACGGAUAAAAGUAACAAGUCAGUAAAAUAAAAAAAGAGCUUUGAAAUCAUUAAGGGCUAAAAUAAGUCAUUGUUAAUUGUUCUAGAAUACGAGAGAAUACAUCUAACAUAGAACACGUUUUAUUUUAAAAGUUAUCAAGAAAAAUUGUAAUCUAAACUUUAUGUAUAUUUAAUGAUAAAAUGACCUAUGGGUGUUCAAAACAAAUGGGCUGCAGUAGAGUAGGCUAAAAGCCAACCUUGGACUGCCCUGGGCAUUGGUUCGCCCCCGUCGUCACCCUGGGCAGCGGUGCGCUGAUCACUUAUUUUAGAAACCCUGGUCUAACCCAUUGUUGAGUAAACCUGGUCUAGUCCAACUUUGCUCCAUUGAGUACCCCUGGUUUAGCCAAUCGCUGCUAAGUUUGAGUACCCCUGGUCUAGCCCUUCUUUACUAAUUUUGAGCACCUCUUGUCUAGCCCUUCUUUACUAAGUUUCAAUACCCCCUUGUAUAGUCAAUCUUGACUAAUGUUGAGUACCCUUGUCUAGCACAUCGUUGUUAUGUUUGAGUACCCCUGGACUAGCCAAUCGUUGUUAAGUUUGAGGACCCCUGGUCUAGGUCAUCGUUACUGGAUCUUAAAUAUUUAUUAGAAGCAUUUGGGGCAACCAGUUUUGAAAACCACUCACCAAAUUUGAAUUACUUUGCACAGCAGGCGACCUCGAAAACACACAUCCCAAUCAUUGGCCCUAUAUUCGACAUUAGAUCUGACCUGCUUAAUAAAGUACUUUUAUAGAAUACCCUUGUCUGAAUGGCCAAACUGACAUAAACAAGGGAACAGCUGUGAGCACCUGUCGCGUGAUUAUAUCACAGAACAUAUAGUUUAAAACAAUAUUAUUUUUUACUCAACUGUGUUUGUGUUUAGAAUAGAUUGACUCAGUGGCGAAUCCAUAUAAAUAGGUAAUUACGGAAAUUUGACUCGGAUAAACGUACAGCUAGCAACCAGGGGUAUCAGCUUUUAAGUCAUAUUACCGGAUAUUUGUAAAAAAAAAAAUAAUAACUCUUCUCUUGUGCAUAACUUAAAGAAAUUUACAAAAUUAAAAAAGAAAGAAAAAAAAAACAACUAUAGAAAAAAAGUAAGACUAUUUCAAAGACGAGUUUAAACGUACUAAAAAGUAGAAACCAAUUUAAAAUGUAUUUAAUGCAGUACGCAAAAAUUAUCCGCAAGUAUUUUUAUAAUGACUAAAAAAGAAGCCUUAUUUAGUUUCAAAGCCCUUCUCGCAUCCCUUGUCAUGAUUCUCAUACUCCUUUUCAAACACUUUUUCGUGGCGGUUCUCAUGACACUUCUUAUGCACCUUCGUUGUGUUGUUUAUCCGUCAAAGUCGACUAGGACCAUCGAGUCAUCCGUUAGGGGGGGGGGGAGGGUCGGUUACGGUGAGCUCGUAGGUGGCUUGCUAGACCGAUCCGUGCUCGGAAUAAUCUCUGGCACCGCGGGCAGGGGAUAGUUGCUGCAGUCGGUGAUCUAAUGUUGCUCUUUCGGAUCAGCCUUCGUAUCUCAGCUGUGGUUAUCGGAGUCAAAACCGAUUUUUUGGCGGCCUGGCCGAACCGCACUCAGAUCGCUUAAGAGCCGCAUUUUGCUCGCGAGCCGCAAUUUCCCGACCACUGACCUAGAUCAACAUAACACCUGUAUUAAUUGAGACCAUAAUCAUGUUUCUCGCUACAGCAACAGAUAGCUGCUCAUAAAAACAAAAGUACAGUAAUCGAUUCUUUGUUUAGAUGUAUUUUUUACUGAACAAUAAAUUAUAGGCUCCGGAUCAGUUAAUUAUACAAAAAUUAAGAGUAUCGAUAAAUAGUUAAUUUGAAGUAGUAUCUUGCAAAAUUAAACAAGGGGUUUUGGAUGUUGACGAAUAUUAAUUCACUAAAAUUGUAUAUACUCUGUUCUCCUUAGUUCAUAUCAAGUAUGUACGUUACUUCACACUAACAGAGCCCGCUGAACUACGACUAGGGCAUCAAUCGAGUCACUCUUACUUUUGUUACUGGAAACGUGUAGUGGUAAGUUGAGAAUUUUAAAAGGCUUGAUUAAUGAAAUGUGUUACUGCAGCUGCAAUAUAAUGGGACUUCAAGAACGAAUUAGUUUAUAAUCGGGUGCUGUAGUAGUUUCAAAAAACUUGAUUUAACGGCGAAUAAAAUAUGGAACUCUUUAUCGUGUUCACUGAGAUAAAAAUAGAGCAUCUUUUUGCAAUAGAUAUUUCAUCUUUUAUGUUAGUAAUGGAGAUUUUUCCCCGGUCACUUAGAACAUUGUCAAAGUCAAUCACCUUCUGGCCUUUAGAUUUUGACGGGUUUCCCACGACCUCAACGAGAAUAAUCAGGGCACCACCAUUUUGUUUUUAGUGAUAGCCUAAUAUGAUUCAUUGUAUUGCAAGUUCGAGUCUAGACUCUAUCUAAAAAUUAAUCAACUAAUAUUUAUAUAUUUAUAAAAGAAUCAUAGAAAUUUACAUUUCAAAAUAAGUGUCAUCAUUUAAAUCAUUUUCCCAGGGCUUUAGAAAUUUGAAUUUACGAAACGGAUUAAGUUUAUGUUAACAAUCGCAUUUUAAGUGAAAUGACAAUACUUAAUAAUGAGCGUUCAAUUUUCUUUUUAUUAAAAAAAAAGCAAAAACAGUGACAUCCAUAGACAAGAUCAUUGGCUAAUAAUUGUAUUUUGUGUGUGCAUGAUUUUAUAAUAUUAAAAAAAGUGUGUGUUAUGUACUACUCAUUUUCAACGAUGAAAUCCACAUUGAAUGUUCUUUAUUUUAACUGCAUGCAACCAUUCUCAAGUGAAGCAUCGCAUUUGCAAAAUAUCAGAUUAUAUUGCAUGCUUCAUGAUGGACAUAACUGUAACACAAUCUUUUCAUCUUAGCCCUAAUGUCUACUCUUAAAAUGCUGACAGUUCAUGUAGUCUUGUUACUACUGUAUAUUUCCGCCUGUAUAAAGGCGGUAUACGUGAACGAGUUUGACCAGCAAGCUUUGUUUCACUGCGAGACUGGUGAGUACAUCGAGGAGAUCGAAAGUGAGAACGAUAAUGAAAAGGAAGACAGACGCUGGAGUUUCCAAUGUGGUGGGGACGGUGCGACGUCUGCUUGCACCUGGAGCUGUGAGUUUUAUAAUAAUUAUUUAACUAACUGACCUUAUUUUUAAAAAAAAGUACGAACUGUUUUAUUAUAAAGGCAUUGAAAAAGAUCUAAAAAUUCUCUAUAAGAAAACAUAUCUUUUAUCUGGUUUAACACGGUAAAAAUGUCGAUACAAUUUCAAGCUAUCUAUAUUACAACGUACAAAGGCAUUUAUGAAAAAUAAACACAUAUCAAUGCAUUAAAUGUAAACGAAACAGAUAACAACAAUUGAUGAUGGAAAGAAAAUAUGGAGAAGAAAACUUUCCUACUUUAAAAAACUACAUAAUUAAUUAUAAUUUGAUUGCAUAAAUAUAUUCAGAGAAUUCCAUUCAACGCUUACCAUUAAAACACUCCUCAAAAAGACAACCCUACUCACGGACACACAUAAUAUAGAGUUGAUGUCAGCAAUUGAACCUCUUGUUAUUGUUGUCAACUUCAGCUUACGUGAACUCAUGGGAAGAGAUGUUGGUCUACAUUUGUCCAGGGGACACUGUGGUCACUGGUAUUGACAGUUACCAUGACAACGGUUCGGAAGACAGACGAUUCAAAUUUAGAUCUUGCGGCAUUGCAAGUGAGUCUUUGUUAGUAAAACUUGUUUAA